AUGGCGACCACCAACAUACCAAAGACAAUGAAGGCAAUCCGCGUAACAUCCUUCAACGCCCCCUACGAAAUACAAACCGUCCCCGUGCCGUCACCAGCCUCCCUCGCCCCCCACGACCUCCUCGUCAAAGUAGCAGUCGCAUCCUACUGCCACACCGACAGCAUGGUCUCCUCAGGCGUCUUCAACACAACGCUCCCCUGCACCGCCUCCCACGAAGGCUCCGGCACCGUCGUGGCCGUCGGCUCGGCCUCCGCCGCCAACGGAACCUUUACCCCAGGCGACAGAGUCAUGUGCGGUCUACCCCUCCACCCGUGCGGCGACUGCUUCGACUGCACCCGCGCCCCGGAAACCUUUCGGCAGUACUGCAGCCGCAUCGAGGGCCACGUCGGCGUGCACGUGGACGGGUGCUUCGCCGAGUACGUCCGCGUUGACGCCCGGUCCACCGUGCCGAUCCCCGACACACUCUCGUUUCUCAGUGCCGCGCCGCUGGCGUGCGCGGGCCGGACGGUGUGGCGGGGCGUGGCGGUGCAGGCCGGGCUGCGGGAGGGCCAGUGGCUUGCCGUCGUCGGGUCCGGGGGCGGGCUGGGCCACUUGGGGAUCCAGAUGGCCAAGGCGCUGGGGUUGCGUGUCGUGGGGGUCGAUGCGCGUGACGAGGGGCUCGCGCUGACGAGGGCGAGCGGCGCGGAUGUCGUGCUUGAUGCGCGACGGGGCAAGGAGGCGGUCGUGGGGGAGGCGAGGCGGGUUGCGAAUGGCGGGGAUGGUGUGGAUGCCACGCUCAACUUGUCGGAUGCGGAGGGUGCGGCGGGACUGGCGUGCGCGGUGACGAGGAUGCAUGGGACGGUGACCCAGAUUGCGCAGCCGGAUGAGGUGAAGAUACCGUUCCAGGAGUUGGUGUUUCGCGAUAUCAGAGUACAGGGGAGUUUGCUGUGUUCGAGGGAGGAGAGUGAGGGUCUGAUGGCGCACGUUGCGAAGAAUGGCAUAACGCUCAAGACGAAUGUUUUUCACGGGUUGGAUAAGAUUCAUGAGCUUGUUUCGCUUGUACAUACGGGUAAGAUGAGCGGCAAGGCUGUUAUUGUUGUGGACGAGCAGCAGUUGGAGGCCGAGAAGAAGCUCGGUGCCAAGUUCUAA